AUGAAACAAUAACCCUAUUUCAUAAGACCUCCUCCUAAUCUUUCAUCUCGUCAUUCAGCCAAUAAAAAUAGCUUCACCAAUAAAAUAGAAACUCCCUCUAAUAGUCAAGGAGCAAGACGAAAGACUCCAAUAAUAUCUCAACCAUUACAUUCUCCUGUUCAUCUUAAGGAUCUGUAUACUUUGUUUAUAUUAAGAUAUCGGAAUCAAGUAGCUAAAACAAUUCCUACACUUAAUUCACCACUUCCAGAAGGAUCCAUAACUAAGUUUAAAAUAAUAAAUGAUUUUUCUGUGUAUAAGAUGCCUACAGCAAGAAGACUUAAAUCAGAUGAACAAGUUACAACACCUAAAUAAAAUAAGAAAUUAUAGAGUCAUCAUAUGAAUAACAUUAAAUUGAGAACAGAAAGAAAACUAAAUUAUACUCCUGUUGUAAAAAUGAAGACAGAACCUAAUGAUGUCCAUACUCAUUCUAUAUCAAAAUAAGAUGAAUCUUAAGAAAUACUCUUUCGUUUACAUAGACAAUCAAUUCCAACAGAACCUAAUGAUAAAUUAUCUUCAAUCUUAGGCCAUCAACUUACUCGAAGUAUUAAGAAAAUUGAUUCUAAAGACAAAUCUAAUCAAAUUUUUAUUAAAUUAGAUUAAGAUAGUCAAUUCCUAUAAGAUACUAAAGAAAAUAAAUAAAAUGUUCAUUAAUACAAUUCAUAAACCAAAGAGAAAAUUUUAGACUUGUUAUGUCUUUCAACAUAAGAUUUAAAAAGGAAAUUUGCAGAAUUAAAUAAAGUUGGCAACUCUAAAAUAAAUACUAGACAAUCAAAUAAAUUAUUAAUCCCUAAAGGUGGCAGAACUAAAUUCCCAACAGAUUUUUUUAAUGCUCUUUUACCUAAUUCAAUUUUACAUUGA